UGAGGGUAUCAAAACGUGUGUGGGAGUGUGUGAGCUAAAAAUGAAAAAAUACAGAGUCUAUGGUUCACCAAAGAAAAUCAUUCAUAUUCCACCAGCCAACACCACCAGGUUCUCGUAGGCUGGUUCACUCCUGAGGAUGCUCAGGAAUGUGUCGUACUUCUUACCAUCGCGUUUGACCCUGGAGCAUAUAAGGUCAAGGAAAUCGUGGGCUUGCGUGAAAAGGUCUCCUCCAGUAGCAAAUGCUGCUCGUCUUUCAGCCAGAGUAAUGAGUCCUUUCGAGUAGCACUUUGAGGCAAGGUCAUGGAGAACGGAGAUUUGCGAAAUGUCUCGAAGAAGAUUGUCAAAGUUUUUCUGGAGAGCUUUAUAUCCCUUUGUCAUCGGGAGUAGUGAGCCAUCUUUUAUGGCUUCCAGAAAUGAUGAAAUUCUCUCCAAGAUGGCACUGAUUUCUCCGCAAAUUUUGCUUUUUCUUUUUCCUACUAUCUCUGCCAUGUAGUUUCGUGUAGCUCGCAAUAAAGGACUUCUUGAGUUGAGUAAUUUUUGGAUCCUGGUGAGUUCGGCUUGGAAAGUAACCUGGCUAUCAUCCAGCAUACCUUUCAUCCCCAGGAGACUUGUUAGAUAUGCUUCUUCACCCUGCUGGUGUUGGUACACACCUUGUCGCCGUUUCCGAGAGCCGCUGGUCGGCGCGGCAACGAAAUCAACCGCGUACUCGACAUAAUCCUCCUCCAACGUAAAGGGCGUUAUAACGUCCACGCGUCGAAGGAGACAUUUGGAGGGUGGAAAUAGAGGAAGUGAUCGGUCAGCGGACGGCUUAGGUAUUAAAAGGGGCGUGGUUAUAAAAAAAACAACAUACCUAUAAUACACGUCACUCGAACUCUCUUUAGAACCCUGCCCUGCGAGUUCUGUAUGAGUCGCCGCCUUACGUAGAAGAAGUGCGGCGAUCAACCUCUUCUUUCUCUCUUUCUCCUACCAGCGGAGCUCUCUGAGCUUGUGUCAGCCAUGCCGCGGCUGUUCAAGAGGAGCCAUCGCUACAACGUCGCCAAAAACACGCUCCUUGCCAAGAUCAUACUGCUGGACAGCACCGUGGUUGACUUCAACCCUUUGCCUGAAGUGACCGGGGCCGACUGCUUGGAGAAAGUCGCACAGACGCUCGACAUACAAGAGACGUCAUAUUUCGGCCUCCAGUUCCAGACGAGGUCGGAGACCAUGAGAUGGGUGGAGAGGGAAAAACCCCUCAGACGUCAACUUGAGAAAUACGCCAUAAACGGAGUCCAGAACGCAGAACUCAGGUUCAGAGUCCAGUACUACGUAACCAGUGUCACCAAACUGGAAUUCGAGGUCACGCGGUACCUGUACUUUCUUCAACUGAAGCACCUCAUUUUGAACGGAGAGCUUCAAUGUUCACAUGACAUCGCCGUAAAACUUGCCUCCUAUGCUCUUCAAGCUGAAUUCGGGGACCAUGAAGAAGAGAAGCAUACCCCCCAAUUCCUCAGCGAAUACGUCUUUCUACCUCCAAAUGUUGGUCCGCCCACUGUAAUUCAAUCUCUGACAGAGAAGGCCUCAAAACAGCACCAGAGGCACCGAGGAAUGUCUCCUCCGGCCGCUGAACUCAUGUACAUCAAGAUAGCUCAACAGCUGCCUGAGUAUGGCCACGAGGCUUUCCAGACACUGGAUAUCCACGGCAGUACCAUCUGGAUAGGGGCAUGUUUCAUCGGUGUAUUUGUCAAGCAUUCCAACGGACAGCCAACCAUAUACUUCAAGUGGCCUGACAUCUAUCGGAUGAAAGUGAGGGACAAGAACUUUGGCAUUGAAACACCCUCAGAGACAAUUUACUUCAAGAUGCCAGACAACAGCACGGCCCAGUACGUCCUGAGAAUGAUGAUAAGCCAACACAAGUUCUACGUCUCUGAACUUGAGGGAACUCCCGGCAUCUCCUGGAUGAGAGACGGGGGUCGUGGAAGAUCACGCUCAGCGCACGACUUGAGGAAUACUUCGACAAAGUAUCCGGAGGCAGCUGUUGCCAAGACACCGGGAAGUGAGAAGAAAAGCAAGCUGAGGAAAUUCUUUCACCCCCCUUUCUUCAAGGAAUCAGGCAGACUAAGUGCCUCUCGAAGAAGAGAAGAAGAACUGACGACCUCCGAAAGAGCAGAACACCACCCACUCCACCCCUCCAACGGGGCCAUGCACAGUCACACAUUUUCGGCUCCGGUCCACACAGUCUCGCAAUCUCCGACGCAUUCCUCGAAUUCUCGGAAAUCCCCCCUCCUUCCUCACACCCCCACCUCAUCACCAAAUUCUCCCCUCCACACUACUACCAUAGCCACCAUUGAGGAACACCCCUCGCCCGAAGCUCCGCCCAUAACCACACCUUCUUCGACCUACUCUCGCUCCGUCUCUCCCUCCUCCCGCAUGUCGCCCCCGGGGGUCAGAGUAGAAAUGGAACCUGGCGAGGGGGUCAAAUAUUCUCGUCUCGGGUCCCCCCUGCUGAGUAAACUCAGCCCCCUUCUUGGGGGCAAGAAAGGAAGAAGUGCAAAAACACCCACACUCACCCUCACCAACGGAGGACUGGACUCAACUGAUGGAGACGCUGCAAGCCAGGAGAGUUUCGACCUACAGGCUUCACUCAAAAAGAAGAAGAAAUUUACCGGUUCCCUGGACCAGCUAGAGGUGCGAACACCUCCCAAAUCUCUGAAGAUUAGGACCUUCUCCAGUGAGGAGCAGGCCGAGCAGGAAGCUGCUAGUGGCACCCACGACAGACGAGGAGACAGUCUAGAAAAGCGGCUCUCGCGUGGAGAUUUCUACGCAGAGUACGAAGAACUGCCCACCAACAGCCACGACUCGGAUAUCAAUGCUGGACAGCUGCCAGACAACAUUCCAAAAAACAGAUAUAAAGACAUUCUUCCUUACGAGGAGACGAGGGUGAAGCUGAACCCGCAGAACAAUACCAGUCACAACGACUACAUUAAUGCCAGCUACGUUGAUGUACCGUACCAAGACACGACUCAUCAUUACAUCGUUGCCCAGGGGCCCCUCGAACACACCUGUGCUGACUUCUGGCAGAUGAUUUGGGAGAAAGAGAUACAAGUCGUCGUCAUGCUCACCAACGAAUGGGAGGGCGGUCGGUGCAAGUGUCACCGCUAUUUUCCAGAGGAUGAAGAGGAGGGAGAGGAGGAGGAUGCUAAACCCGACUACGUUCAAUUUGAACAGUACAGAGUAUCGCGAUCUUUCAUCAACAAGACUUCGACCGUCACAAACAGGGGACUCCAAUUAAAGCACAUCCCGACUGGAGAGACAAGAGAAGUUAUGCAUCUACAAUAUGUGGAUUGGCCAGACCAUGGAAUUCCCGAGGAUGCACAACCAUUCCUCAAUUUUCUGGAGGAGAUGAGAUCUCUACGUCAGAAAUACGACGACUCCAUUCCGAUUCUUCUCCACUGUAGUGCAGGGGUCGGGAGGUCGGGGGUCGUGGUACUCAUGGACCGGCUGAUGGGCCUCGUUGACAGCGGAAAGACCAACCUGGACAUCCCUGGGUGUCUUCAAUCGCUCCGAAACCAGCGAAUGCAUCUUGUCCAGAUGGUCGGGCAGUAUAAGUUCGUCUACACCUCCAUCGUCCAAUACAUAAAGAGAGCAAGACUUAUAUAAACUAUUGUUUGCCUGGCAUUAUAACCCUGCUUUUUAUUAUUAUACAUGUCUUUAUAAUGAGAAUGACUGAUGUUAACUUUUUAUGUUCGCAACUGAGUGCAAAUACAAGAUGAUGAUGACAAAAUGAUAUCUCGUAUUAAUUUUCCACAUGCAUGUCCCGUUCCUGAUCGCAUAUAUAUUCCAUGCAGGAAGACAAGGUGUGAUGAGUAUGCAUGAGGAAGAACUACAACAUAAAAACGUA